UGUAACUACAAAGCCGUGAUCUUUUUUCGAAGUAGACCAUACCAUUUUCGUACGAGGGGAACUUCAUGUCCAGAUUGAAACUUUCAAAGUUAACAUUAUUUCUCCGUUGGUUUGUUGUCCAGGUUCGCUGUGCGCAUGAAUGUUGGAUCUUUAUUGCCAUUUGCAUGUGACAACAGUAUCUUGGUCUGAACAGUGGCGUAUUUAAAUUUCUACAGGGAGAACUUAAUUCCACUAGUGGCUUCGAUGAGUAGCUGUGCAUGAGCGAAGCAUUUUGGCUCUUCAUCAAUAGUCAUUGCCGGUCCCACUCUCACCUCUGCAUCGUGAGUUCGUUCUGAGAACCAAUCUUCAGUGACUAUGAACAUAACUGUGUUUGAAUCAAAGCUCUUGAUGCUGUGUUAGGGUUGACGAGUUUGGUGUAAAGAUUGUGAAGACAAGUUCCAAGUAGCUCCGAGUGCGACUUCGCAGCUUAAUUAGUUGGUCCAACUGAUACUCUAUUAGAAAUAGAUAUUUGAUUGCAAAAAAGUCGUGAUAAUUUGUUAAGUGCCGCUCUAGAGUUAAGUACGUCAUGCAAACAAACUCCAGAAGAUAGGAGUUUUUGCUGUCGGUGGUUAUGCCAUCGGUCUGAAGUCAGCACUCAACCGAGCGAGAGCAUGGACCCGCAGUCCAAGGAACAGAUAAUUGAAUAGAUCACAUUUGGUUGUCUUUGACUUCUUAAGCUUCAGCCGGCGACAGCAAUGGCAUCAGGCUGUCUCCCAGUUCCACCAUCAUCGAUGAUGGCAGCCUCCUGAGUCUGAUGGAAGGAGUGUUUUAAUGUUCUGAAGACAUGAUUCGCAUCUGGUGUCCAUCAAGGAACAUUCUGGAGACAGGAUAAUGUAGCCCGCUUUGUGGAGGCAACGAUUAGAGUCGCACCAACAGGGGCGAGCCUCAAAUGAACCUCAACGACGAUGAAGUUGCAGCUGUGGAAAAGGAGUCUAGCAAACGAGAAAUUGACGAUGUUGAACCAAAACUACCGAUCGCAGGUACUGGUUUUUCGAAGCUUCCAGUCACACACAGUAGCUUCGUUGCGGCUAACUUUCUCUCUUUGGACAAGUUCGGAGCAGUAUUAGGCCCCGAAGAUGAAAGACCUAACCAAAACACGGUAGACUUCAGCACUGGAUCGUUUACUACGUUCGAAUACAGCGCUCGACGGAGCAAGUAUUCUCAAGCAGUGGCGACGCUUUCAGCAGAUUCUCCUUGGAGCGAGUACAUUGAAGACUUCGAGAACAAAGGAACAAGGAUCUCCAGUGCUGGGCAAUCUGAUUAUCAAGAUCCGAUAUUCUACUCUACUAGACCUAGAUCUUGUACACUAAAAGAAAGAACGCCAACAAGCAGUGGAUUUGAACCACCACCAAAACGUUUCUACACAUCAGCUGAACAUCAUGUAGGAGAAACACAUGUAGAGCCAGGACUCCCUCAAAAUGAUCUUGCAGUAGCAUACCGUGAUGUGCUCGAGCAUGGUGUCGAUGUUGGAUCGUUGCUCAGGGCUCGUUCCAGGUGCGACUCUGAUCUCGCAGGGGCAGAAACAACACGCACUCCAGCCGUGCGCUUCAAUGUUGAAGGAACUUUAUUGCCUCCAGUAUCAUCUCAUUCGUCACAGAUUUACGAACUAAUCGCACCGAAAGAUCUUCCAAGGUUACCACCCAUGGUUCCAGGAAGCUCAGACGAUGCAGGGCACUCUCGAGAGUCGACUGACCAGGACCUUGCGAGGAUUAACUAUAGAUUUGCUUCUUCGAGUUUAGAAUCAUCCCUACUUCAGCGCAUGGAAGAAAGAGAGAGAGUGCAGAUCGAUGAAGCUCAUGGAGAAAAUCGAGUCCCUUGUCAUGUCGUAUCACCAGAGGACCUAAUAUGGGGAAGUGUAAAGAAUUAUUGCGGCAUGGUGCUAGAUAGAGAAACCAGGGCCCUUCUGGGCACUGCUGUGCUUUUCGUGCCGCCUGAUACAAGAAGAUCAGGAUCUUCUGCACUCCAGAAAUCUGCCUGGGUGACUUGUGUGGGCGUAGUGGAAGGUCGCACUGAGGUUCUUAUAAAAAAUAGCAAGGGUGGCAUCCAUGUGGCACAGCUUAUGCUAACCAGCACAGCCCUAGGAUUAGCCCUAUACAGCGUUCACUCUUGGCAGGGAACAUUCGCACUAGCCUUCCUGAGUAGAGUGGCUGGGCCGUCUGGUCUACCACACCGACUCUUCGUUGACGUCGAUCGCAACGACCGAGUUUAUGUAAUCGGUUUAUGUUGCUACAGAUACGAGGAGCCUUGGGAGUCUGAGUCAAAGACGGUCUCAGAUGUGAGAAUUCGACCAGGAAGAAUAAACGAUGCUGGGAGGUACGCAAUCGUUGAGAUCGACUUCACAUCUGGGCUCUUGGGCGGUUCUAUCAGUUCUCCAGCGGGAUUCAGAGGUGGGCUGGUAGUUCGAGCAGAUGGGCUUCUAGCAGGACUGGUGACUGGUGAGAUCUUGGGCAGCCACCCAACCGAUAUAGAUUUUUCUUACGCUUAUAAUAUUUACUCUCUUCUUUCGGAGCUGUAAGAUGAACUUUCAUAGCUGGAGCAGAUAUAACAGAUAUACAGAUAUCCUGUGAAUAACUGAAUUUUUUGUUAAACAAAUAUGGCUCCACGGAAGUUGAACGCUUGUUGAAGGGGCGCUUGCAAGGUGUCUGGAGCCGAUGUAGACUCCAGAAGCUGGAAGCUUAUCGCAAAGUUCUGUUACCCACCAUCAAGUAUAAUAAUUAUUAUAUGUUACAAGAAGUGGGAAAUUUCGGUGA